AUUGGAAUCUUCCACGUCUUGGCCCUUCCUCGCCGUUUCCAACCGCACCGCUUCGGGAUCUUCAAAGGCACUUGAAAGCUUACAUAUACAUGCGCAACGGCUGCAAAGUAACAAACAGUAUGACGUCCUUUUUUCAGACAGCGAAUCCGAUUCCCUCCUUCCUUUGCCAAGCCUGGUGAAGAAGGCUCUUAGAGCCGCUGACAUCAAGUCUGUCGCAACCCCUCCCACCUUCCCUCUCAUCAACUCACACAUUCUUUUGAAAAAAAGCAAAAGAUGGCCCAACCCAUGGAAAUUGCACCGACGUUCACUGUCCGGCUCCAAAAGGGCAUUUCGUCCAGCCUCCAGCCGGGUUCGUCCCCAGCGCUCGUCCUGGAGCUGGCAUCGACAUCCGGAGGAGAAUACGAGCUGAAGACGCACACGCGCAACGCACCUACAAAGGAGGGCGUGGAGAGCUCCAUGUAUGAGACGAGCCUGGGCAAGUUGACGGCAAAAGAAGUUCAUGACCUGGGCAUCUGGUCGGCUGUAAGCGCGCUCGAAACGAUGCCCGAAGGAGGCCACGAGAAGGACACGUACGGCGCCGAUGCCCAGAUCUUCUACAGCAAGCCGCCCUCGUUUGAGUGGUUCAAUGGUCCUCCCACCGGAUCCACUAUUUCACCACCAGGCACCUCAUCCAAGGAUGCAUCACCCAUCGCCAAGCAGGCCGGUGAGCCAACCGACGAGGACAAAGCCCGAUUUGCACACAUCAUAGAGGUCCUCGGACGCCUCCAGGGUCAAGCAAACAAGGCCGUGGGCUCUGGGAAGCUCGAUGCCAAGGGCACAGAGCCCGACAUGGCCCUGGAAGAUUAGAAG